AUGAUCGACAACAUCAAGCACGAUGAUCGUAAGGUAUAUCUUGAAAGCGCUAUAACUUCUUCAUUGCAGCUAUGAUCAAUGUGAACGAAGUGUUCUUGGUUAUGAAACCGUGUAAGAAAUCGAUCAAAAGUAUUGUGAAGACCAUUGCCAAUGUCUGGAUGAAUUUUGUAAGCUUCCCUGUACAUUAAGACGUGAUUUAUUGCAUUUUAGAUUCUUCCAAAACCUAUUCGAGCCCAAUACUCGAUGGCCGAUAACCCCUUGAAGUAUACGCCUGUGCCGAUUCAGAUCGUCAAUGGUCCGCUGUGUAUGUGCUUUUAUUAUUCUUUACGAUAUCACCUCUCACUGUUCCAGGGUUGAUGCCUGAAUGCGUAAAAGUGACGGGAAUGGACAAAGAAGUUCUCAUUGAGACUAUGACCCAUUUGUACAUGAACCACUUAACUUAUUUAUGGUGAGAACAUUAUCAAUUUCCUACUUUUAAAUCGAAAAUCUCUCUUACAGCGACCAAGCACGUGCCGACAUGAAGAAUCUUCCAGAAGCGGCAAAUAAUGGAGCAAAUGACGGCCAAAAAUCUGCGGCACCUACUGAGUAA